AAAUAAUUAUUUGGUUAAAUUGCAGCAUUAAGUUAAAACUCACAAUUCAAAUUUAAUUAACUUAAAAACAAUAUUUAGACAACGUGUCUCUUGUUGUAAAAUCAACUUCAUAAACUUUAAUUUCUGAGUUAAAACCAAAACAAUUUUCUUGUCGACUUAAAUUUCAUUUUCAGGUUAAACCAUCUUCAAAUGUUUUACAGUGUUGCUGGAAGGAUUUUUACUUUGACAAUUUUACUUCUAUGAUGCGUAACCGUGGCAACAUGGUUUUGUUUUUACAACUGCAAGCAGCUGAUUAGCAUCUCAAAAGCUCAAAGAAAGCGAUUUAAAUCAGAGCUGCAUAAGCAAACCUGGUGGAUUAGAAAUUGGUUUCCAACAACUCAUUGUGUUAUGAAGGACACGUUACUUUGGAAUAUUGUCUCUGCUGCCUGAAUAUUGAGCUGUUAGCAUGUUAAAGUCUUCAGUCAGAGGCCUUUUCAGAGUCCUUGCAAGACUGACUGCUACCAGAGAUCUUUCCUGCCCACAGCAUCACCAUCAACAGCAACUCUUUCAAGAUACUUGAAUGAUAAAAUGGUUCUUUACUAAUCCUGUGGAAAUUCAGGUAUCCUGUGGCAUCCAUAAAAGUUACCCAUUCCCAGAUCAAAUGGUUAAAAUUCACAUAAUAAAAAGAUAAGAAAGACAGUAUGGUGCAGAAAGUGUUUUUAUCUUUGUCAGUGUAAACACACACAAGGCACAAUGACUUAGAGACAGAAAAUAUCAGAAGUAGCCUAUUGUCUCCUUUUAUUAGACUCAAAGUUUUUUGUACUAGAGACUUUCUGAUUUUAGAUUUUCAAAAAAACGUUUAUAAAACGUGUAAAAAAUAAUCUACAGAAAUCCAAAAAUCCCACAUCAAAGCUGGUGGUUAGUGCUGAGACAAAGAGGCUGUUUGUGAAAAAUAAUCCAAAACGGCAAUACCCAUAUUUACAGCACCAUACUGAAAACGUUAUGUUAGCUACGCCUAAACAAUUUUACAAAAACAUUUUGUUAUAUUUAAUCCAUUUCCAGUAUUGUUAUUUUUUAAGUUCAAAUUAAAGCGGAACUAAAGUUAGUUCACAGUUUCUCCCAGAGCGUCACAGGGAGAAGCACGGGAGAUCCAAACACAGCCUGACAGCGUUAGCUUGGCUUCGGAGACUGUCAGGAGACUCCAUCUGUUCUUUUAGGCGGAGCAUUUCACUGUCUGCAUUAAAAAUGUCUUCAGUUCAGCCUCGGAGAGCGCUAAGUAAGGAGCAUGAAACUCCCGCUGAAGAAACAUUUCCUGAGUUUAAAGAAAUCAUCGUCAAGUCCGAAGAGGAGGUCGAUGAUUUGCCUCAAUUUUAUGACAGUAAAGACGACCAGCAGCCCUCUAGCCAGGAGAAGAAAACCAGUUUGGACGAGGAGGAAUCAGAACCUCUUCUGAUGAAACGGGACCAAGAGGAACAAGAGGAGCAGGUGGAGCUGGUACAUCUGGAGAUAAAAGAGGAAGAGGAGGAACUCUACAUUAGUCAGGAUCAAGAGAGCGUUGUGUUGAAGCAGGAGAUUGAUACGUCAACGAUGACUCUUUACAAUAAGAAAAAAUCUGCUUCUAAACGUAACCAGGAAGUUCCUGAAUCUAAGAAACAGGAUCCCGAAGGCCCUGGAUCCAGAAAAGACGAAGAACCAAAACAAAACAGCUUCCUGAAAACUCAUACAUUCAAGAAUCUAUACUCCUGUAAAAUUUGUGGCAAAAUUUUCCCUCAAAACAGUCACUUAACGAGACACAUGAGAAUUCACACAGGUGAGAAGCCGUUUUCAUGCGUCACCUGUGGAAAAUGCUUCAGUCAGAAAGGUAACUUGGCGUAUCACAUGAAGGGUCACACCGGCGAGAAGCCCUUCUCGUGCAUCACCUGUGGAAAAAGCUUCAGUUUCAAAAGUAUUUUACUCAUUCAUUCAAGAAUUCACACGGCUGAAAAGCCCUUCUCAUGUCUGACCUGUGGAAAAAGCUUCACCCAGAAAAGCAGUUUGACGUAUCACAUGCGGGUUCACACGGGUGAGAAGCCAUUCUCCUGCAUGUUCUGUGGAAAAACCUUCAGGCAAAGAUCGAAAUUAACUCGUCACACCAGAAUCCACACUGGCGAGAAGGCGUAAAACUGAAGCAUCGAGGUGCUUUUGAAACUCAACUGUUCAGAAUCUGGAGUGAUUAAUACGUAAUCACAGCUUAACUACAUUUUUCUGACGAAGAAAAAUAAGAAUCGCACUAAAAUAUUAAUUACACUAAUGUAAUGUCUUUCUGCCAAGUUUGACUUCCCAGUUUAAAGGGAGGUUCAAUCGGCGAACCAAACAGUGCUGAUGUUUGAUCUUUUUGUCUUCCUUUGCAUGGAUCUUCAUUGACUUCAAAGCAAGUCUGACUUGUGAUGUUUUUCCAGUGUAUUUUUUUUCAUAUGCAGACUGUUUUGAAGAAGGUUUAGUUUAGAGAAUGUGUUGAUAAAAUUAUUUAAAUGUCUGAUUUAAAAAUGUCUUGGAAUAAAUAAAAAAAAAUGUCUGUAGGUUUUACAGAACAAAAUGGACUGCUUGUGAGUUUUUCCUCACAACAAACAUGAAAUCCUGGUUGCUAAUAGGGACCAUUGAAGUUUAAAUACAUGAAAGCAUAACUGACAUUUUAAUGUGAAUGUUUUCCUUCGUGUUCAGUGUUAUGAAUAGAAAAGGAAUAAAAACCUGGUUGAAUACGCAU